UAUCAAAUAGAGCGCCACCUUGGGAAAGGCUCAUUCGGGCAGGUCGCCAAAGCUUACGACACUGUUGAGCAGCAGGAUGUCGCCAUAAAAAUAAUAAAAAAUAAAAAACCAUUCCAUGAUCAAGCUCAAAUCGAAAUACGCUUGCUUGAGAUGAUGAACAGCCAGGAAUCGGAAAGCAAACACUAUGUUGGUACGCGUUUCGCUAUUCUGGUGAACACGUUGAUGUUUCUUUCUUCGCCGGAACUUAAAAUUAUUCAUUGUGAUCUGAAGCCCGAGAACGUUCUGCUUUGUAAUCCGAAACGUUCAGCGAUCAAAAUCAUUGACUUCGGCUCCUCUUGUCAAAUUGGUCAUCGUAUUUAUCAGUAUAUCCAGUCGAGGUUUUAUCGAUCGCCUGAAAUUUUGCUGGGCCUUCAAUAUGAUACAGCAAUUGAUAUGUGGUCCCUUGGUAUAUUGCUUCUUUUAACUUUUCAAAGAUGCAUCCUGGUUGAAAUGCAUACAGGUGAAGCGUUGUUUGCCGGUACCUGUGAGCAUGACCAAAUGAUGCGUAUCAUUGAGGUGCUUGGUAUGCCUCCAAAACAUAUGAUUGAAGCUGCACCAGCACAAAAAAGAAACAAGUUUUUCGAGAGAACCGAUGGUACAUUUUUCUUUUACUACUCUUCUGCGCUAUUUUCUUGCAGCCCGUGUUAUCCACAGGUCCAGUCACAGUCUGGAAGAGUUUUUUGUCCUGUAUCCCGAAGAAGGGCUUUUUUGUCCUGUAUCCUCCAAGAAGCGUUUCCUACGGGCGCGCCUUCUCCCUCCCAAGAUCUCGUGGAACGUAUGUUAACUUUCGAUCCACAGGAACGUAUUGGGCCAUACGCUGCAGUCAGGCAUCCUUUUUUCUCAAGAAGAACCGAUGAUUCCAGUUGUGUUAAUUCCACUCACGCAGCACACGCUAGAACCGUGCAGCAACCAGUAAGCACCUCCAGUAACAUACAGGCAGCCAGUAAUGCACGUGUGGUAAGCUAUUAUGUAAUUUUCAUCUAAUC